UCAACACCAUUUUACCACCUAUCUUUAACAUUGGGUAAAAAUGCAAUAAAUCUUUUUCGUUUUGUCGCUACUUCCUCAUUGUGUUUAAGCGAGCAUGCCUGAUUAUGUUUGUUAUAAUCGCCCAAAGAGCGACUGAAAGUUGUUUGUGUCAUCGAAAGUUGCCGUUUUGUUUUGCUCUGCGUAAAGUUAUGUAUUUUUGUAUGUAUAUAAUUUUUUUCCUGUCUCACUGUGUUUGUAGCAAAUGUGGAUUAUAUGACUCGGGGACGUUUGCAUCAAUGGAAUCCCGCAAGCGCGUCACUUGAAAGGACGUCUGACUGAAUACGAGCUGAUUGGCUUCAGAUCCUCGCCCCUGCAUGCUUGUAUGGGAAAUUACACCGCGCUCAAAACAACAGGGAACUCGGAAAUCUCUGAUUUCCGACUUCAGUGCUUUCAAGACAACUGUGAACUCCGAAAGAAACGAGUUCCGACUGGGAGAAAUCGUUUUGAACAAUCAUCCAACUAGGAAUUCCAACUCGAGAAUUCGGGCCUCUUUCUAGAGCUCCGGCUUUCCGUCCGAAAGAUCACUGACGUCAUGAUUUCACCUCGUAUUCUUCCGAGUUCCCAGUUGUCUUGAAUGCACCAUUAAAGGGGGCGUCCCUCUGACGUAAUGGCAAAAUAAAAUUGAUUGUAUAAAUGUGUUCCCAAGAUCUCAAUAACAGAACUGCAGAGCAACUUCAGAUGCAAGAAAUGAAUGUCCCCCCACAUGGAGCUCAGCCUUAUGAGAACAGCCUCUACAACUCAGAGUCUCUGAACCUGGACCUUACCUCCAGGUUAGCUAUGGAUGUGAGUAGUCAUACGGACCAGCUCUCUGCCCCUUCUCUGACUAGCAUCAACUCCCUGGUGGGCACUUACGCUGGAGAGUUUAAUGCCUGUCAGAUUGCCACAGCUCCUACCACCGCCUCGGACCCUGAGCCGCCCUUCAAAAUUGAUGACUUCCAGGUUUACGGCUGCUACCCUGGCACCUUGGCCCUGAGCUACUUCGACGAAGCCCUGUCUUCUGGUGGCUCUGACUUUUUCGGCAGCCCUGUGUCAGCCCAGUCUCCCUGUACUCCAGGUUUCCAGACCCAUCCUGCGUCAGUUUGGGACUCGCCCUUCGGUCCAUACUCUCCCAACCCGGGCAGCUGGGUGGCUGAUAAGACUGCAUUAACACAGCCAUCCUCUUUCUUCACCUUCUGUCCCGGCUCAGUUGAGGAUCUGUCUCCUCUGGGCCAGCCCCAGCUGGCUGAGCAAGACCCCUUCUCUCUGGGCCAUCAGCACCCUCCCCCCCUGUCCUUCUCCCCUCUAACCCAGGAGCCAGGCACCCUAGAUGUCUCAGGCCUCAUUGAAGGGAGAAUGUCUGCGAAACCGCACAGCCCUACUGAAAACGAGGGUCUCUGUGCUGUUUGUGGGGACAACGCCUCCUGCCAGCACUAUGGGGUUCGCACCUGUGAGGGCUGCAAAGGUUUUUUCAAACGUACUGUACAGAAAAAAUCUAAAUACGUGUGCCUUGCCAACAAGGACUGUCCAGUUGACAAGCGGCGACGGAACCGCUGUCAAUUCUGUCGUUUCCAGAAGUGCCUGGCAGUAGGCAUGGUGAAAGAAGUUGUGAGAACAGAUAGCUUAAAAGGUCGAAGAGGUCGUCUGCCCUCCAAGCCAAAAGCAGUCCAGGGCCUAUCGUCUGCUGUGUCUCGAGUCGACAUCAUUGCCUCUCUUGUGAGAGAAUACAUUGAAUCAAACUCUGGUGUUGAGAAACUGGACUACUCCAAGUACCAGGAGACUGUGGCCAGUCUGUCAGAGAAAGAGGACACUUGUGACAUCAAACAGUUCUACAACCUCCUCACGGAGUCCAUGGAAGUGAUCAGGAAGUGGGCUGAGAGCAUCCCUGGGUUCACCGCCUUCUGCUCCGAGGACCAGGAGCUGCUACUGGAGUCAGCCUUCUUAGAACUGUUCAUCUUGCGACUAGCAUACAGGUCCAACCCUGAGACGGACAAGCUGAUUUUCUGCAAUGGCAUGGUGCUUCACCGGAUGCAGUGUAUACGGGGUUUCGGUGACUGGAUAGACUCCAUCAUGGACUUCUCCCAGAGCCUCCACCGCAUGAACCUGGACGUGUCAUCCUUCUCCUGCCUCACAACUCUGGUCAUAAUCACUGACCGCCACGGCCUGAAGGAUCCAAAGCGGGUGGAGGAGUUCCAGAGCCAGCUAAUCACCUGUCUCAGAGAUCACGUCUCCAGCUGCGCCCCCGACUCCACUGGGCCCAACUACCUGUCCCGCCUUCUGGGAAAACUGCCCGAGCUACGGACUCUCUGCACCCAGGGCCUGCAACGCAUCUUCUAUCUCAAGCUUGAGGACUUGGUCCCACCACCCCCCAUAGUUGACAGAAUGACCAUGGACAUUCUGCCUUUAUGAGAGCGAGAUAAGACAAUACCGACUGUGCACUUGUGCUGCUAAAGCGACGAUAAAGGAACGUCAAAUGAUCAAGCGGUCUCAGUGUUGAGUAGGGACAAAUUAAGGAAACUAUGCUCCCAAAGAUUUCACAUGAAAGUACUGAAUUAUACUGUAAGAUUUAAAAAGAUAUGAAGCUAUUCAAGCACUAUCGUACUUGAGGAAAAAUGUACCUCUCUCGUUCAUUAGCAAUGGCUGUAGUAUGGUGAUGAAAAUGUGUUAUAAUUGAAAUGGUUUUCCUUGUUUUAGUGCAGUAUUUCAGACUUAUGGCUUUGAGUGUGCACUAACUGUUAGUGUGCCACCAAUGAUCCACAACCAAAAUGGUAGACAGUGGUCAACUGUGGGAGAUGAGGUGGACGUGUGUCACACCCUGACCUUAGAGAUCCUGUUUAUGUCUCUAUUUUGGUUUGGUCAGGGUGUGAGUUGGGGUGGGUAUUCUAUAUUCUAUUAUUUGUAUUUCUAUGUUUUGGGCCCGGGUAGGGUUCUCAAUCAGGGACAGCUGUCUAUCGCUGUCUCUGAUUGAGAACCAUACUUGGGUAGCCCUUUUAUCCACCUGUCUUUGUGGGAAGUUGACUUUUGUUUAUGGCACAUAGCCUGUUGCUUCACGGUUCUUUUCUCGUUUGUUGUUUUGUUGGUGUAAUUUUUUUAUAAUAAAAGAAAUGCACGCUCA